AUGGAGGCGGAUGACAUUCAAAAUCAUGGGUGUAAGUAUCCAAGAAUCAGCAAUGGAAAUGAAAGGAUUGAGUCAAGCAAAAUAGGGCAGAAAGGAGAUGAUUUGCAGUACCCUGAUGAAGAAGAUGGUGAGCCAAGAAGGGGCAGGGCUAACGGCGGUGUCGGAUUUGGUGGCGGUAUCGAUCUUGGUUGUGGUCUUGGUAGGUUUAAUGGCUGGCCUUCAUCCCGGAUAGUUCGGGUUUCGAGAGCAUCUGGCGGAAAAGAUAGGCACAGCAAAGUUCUCACCUCAAAGGGGCUAAGAGACCGGCGCGUGAGGCUCUCUGUGAACACGGCGAUUCAAUUCUACGAUUUGCAGGACCGCCUUGGCUACGAUCAGCCGAGCAAGGCGGUGGAGUGGCUGCUGAUGGCUGCUUCCAGCUCUAUUGAGAAGCUCCCUUCCAUUAGUACUACAUUUCCGGAUACUCCUAAGCAGCCGAGCGACGAGAAGAGGUCUAGCUCCGGUGGUAAUGAUCAACAUGGUUUUGAUUCAGAUGAAGUAGACAUGGAUGGCGGCGGCAGCGGUAAUCCUCAAGAGAUGGCGUCGAUGUUAUCCCAAUAUGGCUCCGGCAAGGUUGCCGGGCUAACCCUUUCCAGAUCUGAAAACCGGAUCAAAGCCCGGGAGCGUGCAAAGGAAAGAGUUGCAGAGAAAGAGAAGGAGAACGAGUCUCCUCGUGUUGAACAUUUGAACCCUCUUUCCCAUACCACUUCUUUCACUGAACUCCUCAGUGUUGGCAUGAAUAAUGUCAAUAACACCACCAAUCUUAGUGCCUCAGUUCACCAAAAUACUACUUCAAAUGAGUCGAAUUUUUUCCAGAAAUCACCUAGGCAAUGGUCAUCAACGCCAAUGGAUUACUUUACCAGUGGACUUUUAGGGCCAAUGGCAACUCGUCCGGGGCAAAUUCACUUAGGAGAUCCUCUAUCGCAGCGGGUUUGUUCCCCGCUGUUUAGCGUAUCGGAGGACCAUGAGCCGGAGCUCCAGCAUAUCUCGUUUGUCCCGGAACAUUUUGUUUCAGCUGUCACUGCACACAACAACAACAACAAUAAUCACAAUGGUGCUGACGAGUACAAUCUGAACUUCACAAUUUCAUCUUCAGCUGCUUCUUCAAGCCUUGCUGGCUUCAACAGGGGGACCCUUCAGUCCAAUUCUUCCUCGCCGUCACUUUUGCCUCACCUCCAGAGGUUUCCUCCCAUCGAUGGAUCUCCAAAUUUCUAUAUUGGCACAACCGCCGCACCGGUGGAGAACCACCACCAGUUCCUGUCUGGAUUCGACGCCCGACUGCAUAUUUCCUAUGUUCAUUUAACAUCCUUUUCCUCCAUCCCAUCUUCAGUUCAGGUAACUGAAGUUGAGAGAAGUUCCAUAUUCUUCAGGGUACGACUCGACAAUAUAUUGGAGUGGGUUAACGGAAAAUUUCUUGCCACAAGUCCUGAGCAAAGCGUACUUUCCCUAUCUCAGGCCAUCGGGUUACUGAUGUCGUUCUCUUAUGUUUGCUAA